AAGAAGAGAAGUCUUUUUCUGAAUGAAGAGACAGACAAACUCUUUUUAGUUUGACUCUACGUUCACUCGUGUUGUCUUUUUUGAGAUUUUCCUCGAAACUCCGCCGGAAGUGACUACUUAGCAUAUUAUUUACACGACUAUUUGACAGACCCUGAAGAUGGCAGAGAAGGUGCUGGUCACAGGUGGAGCUGGAUACAUUGGGAGUCACUGUGUGGUGGAGCUCAUUGAAGCAGGUUACCAGCCGGUGGUGGUGGAUAACUUUAGUAAUGCUGUGAAAGGAAAGGGGGAUGUGCCUGAGAGCAUACGAAGAAUAGAAAAAAUUCUGAACACCACCAUUGAAUUUCAUGAUCUUGACCUCCUGGACCGACCUGGCUUGGAAAAACUCUUUGAAAAGCAUUCUUUCAGUGCUGUGAUGCACUUUGCUGGAUUGAAGGCUGUCGGGGAGUCUGUGGAGCAGCCGCUGCGUUACUACAGAGUCAACCUCACUGCUUCCAUGAAUUUACUUGAGGUGAUGCAGGCUCACAAGGUCCACAAUCUGGUAUUCAGCAGCUCGGCCACAGUGUACGGAGACCCCCAGCACCUUCCCAUAGACGAGCAGCACCCGGUGGGAUCCUGCACCAACCCCUACGGCAAGACCAAGUACUUCAUCGAGGAGAUGAUCAAGGACCAUUGUAAAGCAGAAAAGGACUGGAACGCGGUGCUGCUUCGUUAUUUCAACCCUAUCGGAGCUCAUAACUCUGGUAUGAUCGGGGAGGAUCCUCAGGGUAUCCCAAACAACCUGCUGCCGUACGUYGCUCAGGUUGCAGUUGGAAGGAGAGAGUAUCUCAGUGUGUUUGGAAAUGACUACAACACUAUUGAUGGCACAGGUGUGAGAGAUUAUAUCCAUGUUGUAGAUCUGGCAAAGGGACACAUCGCAGCUUUAAAAAAGCUGAAGGACAGCUGUGGAUGCAAGGUUUACAACCUUGGAACAGGAAACGGUUACUCUGUGCUCCAGAUGGUGAAAGCGAUGGAGAAGGCAUCAGGAAGGGAGAUUUCAUACAAGAUUGCUCCUCGUAGAGGAGGAGAUGUAGCCUCGUGUUACGCUGACCCUCAACUGGCUGAGAAGGAGCUGGGCUGGAAGGCUCAGUUCGACUUGGACAGAAUGUGUGAGGAUCUCUGGCGCUGGCAGUCCAAGAAUCCCACAGGAUUUACCAACGGCCCUGCGCCUUGAUGCACCUGCUUGUUACUGAUCUUCCAAACAACAAUCUGUUAUCUGUUAUUUCUGUAUCAUGUUAAAGAUUAUAGUUGCAAACUGAAAUCAAACAUGGAAAAAGCUUGUUCUGAUCAAAUGAUGCAGUAAUUUUCCAAAUAUACUGAUGUACUUUGCUGAAAUGUGGGUCCACACUAAAUGUAAACAAAGCACUUUUUUCUGCACACUUAGCAUAUCCAUGGGUGUAUUUUUUUUUGGGGG